UAAUUUCAGCAUAUAGUAUGCGUCUAUAUAAGUGGAGAGUUUUUAAUUUCAGUUAUUUUGGGACAAACCUGAAAUGGCAACGGACUACUCGGAUACUUCCCCUGUGGUGCUUACCACGCAUGGUGAGGUGCGUGGCGCGCUACUCACCAGUCUCUAUGAUGAGCCCUACUAUAGCUUCGAUGGCAUACCCUACGCCCAGCCGCCAUUGGGUGAGCUGCGCUUUAGAGCUCCGCAGGAAGCGAAGUCUUGGCUGGGCGUACGCGACUGUACCGAGCCGAGGGACAAGUGCCUGCAAGUGGCCAGCUUAACAAAACAGGUUGAGGGUAGCGAGGACUGCCUGUACCUAAAUAUAGCCGUGAAAUGCCUCAGCAGCGAAAAGCCGUUGCCUGUAAUGGUUUAUGUGCAUGGCGGUGCGUUUAAGAGUGGGGAUCCGACAAGGCGCUUCUUUUCACCUGAUUAUUUCAUGCGCGAGCAGGUGAUCUACAUCAGCAUUGGCUAUCGAUUGGGUCUAUUUGGUUUCAUGAGCUUUUCGGAUCCGUCGCUGGGCAUACCCGGCAAUGCGGGCAUUAAGGAUAUUGUGCUGGCCCUCAAGUGGAUAAGGGCCAAUGCGGGCAGCUUCAAUGGCGAUGCGAACAACAUAACGCUAUUCGGGCACAGUUCGGGCAGCUGUUUGGUCCACCUGCUGAUGGUGAGCCCGCUGGCGGAGGGACUCUUCGACAAGGCGAUACUUUUGGCUGGUUUCCAUCCGGACACAUGUAAUCGGCCCAACGUGGAGUACGAGCUGGCCAAGCAUUUGGGCUAUGCGGGCGCCAACAACGAUGUCCAAGUAUGGGACUACAUAAAUGCUGCAGAUCCCAAACUUUUGGCCAAGACAGAUUUUCGACAGCUAUAUGAACGCCUGCAAAGCUCUGGAUUACCUCUUUUUAUGCCACGAGUGGAGCCCUAUGCCACGCAGGGCGCUGUGCUGCUGGACGAGCCGCGGAUAUUGCAGCGCAGCGCUUGGAGCAAUCGCCUGCCGAUCAUCGUUGGUAGCACCAGCAACGAGGAUUUGUUUAGUAGUACAUGCGAUAUGAGAAAGGACGCAGCGGUGCUAAAAGCCUGCCAGGAGCGUCCGGAGUUCAUGCUGCCGUAUUCCAUCCUCCGGCACUGCGAGCCCAGCAGGUGUCGCCACCUGGGACAGACGCUGGUGAAGAAGUUUUGUGGCGUGCACAGUUCGGAUCUGAACGUAUCGCAUGCCUCGGGCAUAUCUGAGAUCUUCGCGCUCAACCUGUUGCACUAUCAGCAGCGUCUGAUUAGCGCCCGGCUGGCCUAUAGCAAGGCCGAGAAUUACCUAUAUCGCUUCGACUUUGAUUCACCUGAUUUCAAUCUGUAUCGCAUACGCUAUUGGGGACCCGAUAAGCGCGGCCUUCAUCAUGCCGAUGAAUUGUGCUAUAUUUUUAAGUUGCCCGGCACCUUUAAGCUGGAUAAAUCGAGAGCGGAAUACAUAACCCUUUGCCGCAUGAUUGCCAUGUUCACAGAAUUCGCCCGCAGAUCCAAUCCGAAUGCGCCACUCAUCCAGUCAUUGGUCGAAUGGCAGCCGGUCUCACAGAAUGAACCCACAAUGUGUCUGAAUAUCAAUGAGGAACUCAAGUUCAUUGCACAGCCUGAGCGUUGGAAGUUAAAGUUUUACGACCAAUUGUACAGAAAUGCUAAAAUGGAACUCAUUUUUCACAAGCCAACACGGUUGGUGUACAUGCUUUUAUGGCCAUCUCUGUACACUCGCGACACUUUGCGACGUUCUUUUGAUUUACUCGAUGUUCAGUUGACAAGCGGCACGCGAGCAGAGCGGACGACCGAGCGAUUGUUUAGCAUCAUGUCAGAGAGUCUGGAGACUUGUGAGAUUACACUGCCCGUGGGCCAGAUAAAGGGCGUUAAACGUCGCACUCUCUACGAUGAUGAUUACUUUAGCUUUGAGCGUUUGCCUUUUGCCCAACCGCCGCUGGGAGAGCUGCGCUUCAAGGCGCCGCUGCCGGCAGAACCCUGGUCCGGCGUACUGGAUUGCACCCACUUUGCCGAGAAGCCCGUGCAGAAGGCCAUGUUAACUCAUGUCAUCGAGGGCAGCGAGGAUUGCCUUUAUCUGAAUGUGUACGCCAAGCAGCUACAGACGGCGAAACCCCUGCCUGUUAUGGUUUAUAUAUACGGUGGUGCAUUUUCCAUAGGCGAGGCCACCCGGGAGCUGUAUGCGCCGGAUUAUUUAAUGGCUAAAGAUGUCGUUCUAGUAACGCUAAACUAUCGCGUUGAUUGUCUGGGUUUCCUCAGUCUGAAAGACCCCAGCUUAGAGGUGCCUGGUAAUGCUGGACUCAAGGAUCAGGUUCUAGCUCUCAAAUGGGUUAAGCAAUAUAUUUCCUAUUUCAAUGGCGAUGUUAACAACAUAACGGUAUUUGGGGAGAGCGCCGGCGGAUGCUCCACCCACUAUAUGAUGUGCACAGAGCAGACGCGUGGACUCUUCCACAAGGCCAUACCCAUGUCGGGUACCCUGCACAAUUACUGGUCAAAUACACCUCCCGCAGAUUUUGCCUAUCGGCUGGCUAAGGCGCAUGGCUAUGAGGGCGAAAACAUCGAUCGGCUGGUGUUGGAACAUUUGCGGGGCGUGGCGCCACAUCAGCUGGUUAAUCACAGCCUGCUCACCGCCGAGGAUCGACGCAGUGGCCUCAUCUAUGCUUUUGGACCCACGGUGGAGCCGUACAUAAUGCCCGACUGCGUGGUGCCAAAGCAGCAGCUGGAAAUGGCACGCGAGGCGUGGAGCAAUGAGCUGCCCGUCAUGCUGGGCGGUGUCUCCUUCGAGGGCCUGUUCAUGUAUCCAGCUCUGAAGGCCAAUCUCAAGGGCUUGGAUACCUUGCCGCAGGAUCCGUUGCGCAUAAUUCCUCACGAAGUGCUUUUGCUCAAUACGGAACAGCAGAAUCUGCAGUUCAGCAACAAGCUGAUCAAAUUGUACUUUGGUGAUGCAACACCCAGUCAAGAGCACAUCAUGAAUUUUUUGGAUUACUAUUCUUAUAAGAUCUUCUGGCAUGGCUUUCAUCGAACUUUGCAAGCCCGUCUGGCCUAUGCCAAGGCGCCUACCUAUUACUAUCGCUUCGACUUUGAUUCGCCAAAUUUCAAUUUCUAUCGCAAGAAGUUUUGUGGCGAUGACAUUAAGAAGGGCGUUGCCCAUGCGGAUGAGCUAAGCUAUUUGUUCCGCAACUCGCAGUCCUGGAAGCUAGACAAAGCAUCGGGUGAAUAUCGCACCAUACAGCGCCUGGUGGACAUUUGGGCAUCCUUUGCGGCCACCUCCAAUCCCAACUGCGCCGAAACCGCGCAUCUGAACUGGCAGCCCGCAAAGCAAGAGCAGCCACAGCGUGUGCUUAACAUAGGCGAAGAGGUGGAGAUCAUCGAUCAGCCCGAGCACGAAAAGCUGCUCGUCUGGGAUAGUCUAUAUAAAAAGGAGCAAUUAUUUUCCGCAAAAACUGUAGAGCUGCCCAUGGGCAAGGUAAGGGGCACCCAUGAGGAGGGUCACUGUGGCAACGACUUUUAUAGCUUUAGAGGCAUACCCUAUGGCAAGCCUCCGAUCAGGGAGUUGCGAUUUAGUCCAACGCAACCGGCAGAGCCAUGGGGUAAUAUGGUUCUAGAUUGCACUAAGGAUCGUUCUGUACCCACGCAAGUGGGAAUAUCUUCAAACCAAAUCACCGGCAGCGAGGAUUGUCUGUACAUAAAUGUGUAUACCAAGCAUUUCGAUGAGUCUGAGAAGAAAUUGCCGGUAAUCGUGAACUUUACUCCUGGUGGCUUCUGCACGGGUGGCGCCAUAACCGAGAAAUUCGGACCUCAGUAUCUUAUGCGCGAGGAUAUCGUAUAUGUUAUGUUCAAUUAUCGGCUCAGUGCGCUGGGUUUCCUCAGGAUCAACUGCCCAGAGCUGGGCGUGUCCGGAAAUGCCGGUCUGCACGACCAUCUGACCGCAAUGCGUUGGGUGCAGGAAUACAUCUCGUACUUUAACGGGGAUCCAGAUAAUGUAACCAUUAUGGGCACUAGUUCGGGCGGCGCCAUGGUGGACUUUAUGAUGUGCGCGCCACAGGCGUCUGGCCUUUUCCAUCGAGCUGUCAUGAUGUCCGGCACAAUGACCUGCCCCUGGGCUAUUGUACCUUAUGCAGAUGACCUCUUCUGCCGUCUGGCAUGGGAAAAGGGCUACAGAGGUGAAAUCAAGGCAACGGAAAUACUGAAAUUCUUGCGCUCCUUGCCCGCCAAGGAGGUAGUGAGUCUUAAUCACUUCGGCGACUGCGACUAUCUCUUUGGUCAUCUGUAUCCAUUUGCUCCACUGGUUCAGGCCCCAUCUGGAAAUGACGGCGGCGAAGAUGCCCUGAUUAAGGGCCCCGUUGUAGAGAUGUAUCGCACGGCUUGGUCCGUGGAUGUGCCACUGCUGAUAGGCGGCACCUCGUUCGAAGGUCUAUUCAUGUAUCCAAAAUACAAGGACAGCAAGGGCAAGAUGCUGAAAAUGCUCAAGAAAAAUCCAGCGCUGGCGCUACCCUACGAAAUACAUACGAAACUAUCUAAGACUGAGCGUGAGAAGGCCGCAGAAGAGCUCAUGCGCUUCCAUUUUGGACAUAGGCCCAUUGAUAAAAAUAGUGUAAUCCAGUUCCUAGAUUUCUUUAGCUAUAAGCUCUUUUGGCAUGGCAUUCAUCGCGUGGUGCUCUCCCGACUUGCUCAUGCCAGGGCGCCCACGUUUCUAUACCGGUUCAGCUAUGAUUCGCCCACGCCCAUUGUACGCCCUUAUUUCACCGGUAAAGAUAUUACGUGCGGCGUUUGUCAUGCCGAAGACAUGGCCUAUUUAUUUCCACUAAAGAACCGUACGCCUCGUAUGAGUGGGGAUGAGAAUCUUAUCACACAGCGAAUGGUUGGUAUCCUGACAACAUUUGCUCGCACCGGAAAUCCAAAUUGUGAAGAAACGAAAAGUGUAUUAUGGAAGCCUUUGAGGAAUGAGGAUCCGUUCCAGGCCAUGUUAAUUGACCAGAAGCUGAAAUUCGGCACUCAGUCUGAAAAGGAAGCUUAUUUCACAUUCGGUAAUGACAUGUUUAAAUUUGGCAGAACGAGCAAUUUCAAAGCUCUGCAUUUGGUGGCUAACAAGCCGAACUUCUCCCAGGGAGCCAGAAUCGAGACAAAGAUCGUGGACCUGCCUGUGGGCAAGGUGAAGGGUAAGUUUCAGGUUGGGAUAUGUGGUCAUGAAUACUAUAGUUUUGAGGGCAUACCUUUUGGCAAUCCGCCGAUUGGGAAGCUGCGUUUUUGCGCGCCACAGCCGGCGGAUCCCUGGUGUGGCAAGGUCUUGGACUGUCUGGAGGAGCGUUCGCGUCCCGUACAGUUGGAAAACUCUUCUGGCUGCACGAUAGGCGCUGAGGAUUGUCUCUACUUGAACGUGUAUACCAAGCAUUUCGAUACGGCAAAUUCGCCGCUGCCGGUCAUAGUCUAUAUUCAUGGUGGCGGCUUUAAAACAGGCGGCGCCACAAGGAUUAAGUAUGGCCCAGACUUUCUGAUGCGCGAGGACAUUGUCUAUGUGCAGUUCAGUUAUCGGCUGAGCGCCUUGGGUUUCUUACUUCUAAACUGCCCCGAUCUGGGUGUACCGGGCAAUGCUGGCCUGCAUGAUCAGCUACUGGCGCUACGUUGGACCCAGAAGUAUAUCUCGCACUUUAAUGGAGAUCCAAAGAAUAUAACCUUAAUGGGCACCAGUGCGGGUGCCGCCUCUGUGCACUUUAUGAUGUGCUUGCCGGAGGCAUGUGGUCUGUUUCAGCGGGCCAUCAUAAUGUCUGGGGCCAUGACAUGUCCCUGGGUUCAGGUGCCGAAUACGGACUCCUUGUUUUGCCGUCUGGCCAACAGCAAGGGUUACAGGGGCAUAAUGUUGGAGUCGCCAAUUUUAGAAUUUCUACGCUCGCUGCCCGCUGAGGAGCUGGUGCAGCACGAACUAUACGGUCCACGGGAAUACAUUUUUGGGCACUUGUAUCCCUUUGUGCCUACGCUCGAGUACCAAUCGGGUGUUGAAGGCUUGCUAAAGCGCCCUUUUCUGCAGAUGAUGCGAGACGCUUGGUCCAAGGAGGUGCCAUUGCUAAUGGGCGGCACCUCUUUCGAGGGUCUGGUCAUGUAUCCCUACUGCAAGAUCAACAAUUGUUACAUGCUGCAGCUGCUCAAACAGGAGCCAGCGCUGGCGCUGCCCUAUGAUGUGUACCGCAGGCAUACAAUGAAAGACCUGAAUGAUCGCGCUAUGGAACUGAUAAACUUCCAUUUUGGAAGUGGGGACAUUAAUGUCAACAAUAUCAUGCAAAUGCUGGACCUUUUCAGUUAUAAACUCUUCUGGCAUUGCAUACAUCGUGUGGUCCUCUCCAGACUGGCCUUUGCUCAGGCGCCCACCUAUCUCUAUCGGUUUGACUUUGAUUCGCCCCACUACAAUUUGAUGCGGAUCAAACUAUGCGGGAAUGACAUAAGGCGUGGGGUUUGCCAUGCCGAUGAAUUGGGUUACAUGUUUCCCAGGGAGGCCGUUCGGAAGAAGCCCUUGAAUGAAGCUGAGAGUUCGACCAUACACCGAAUGGUGGGUAUUCUGACAUCAUUCGCACGCACGGGAGAUCCAAACUGUGUAGAAACCGAGACUGAAAACUGGCGGCCUGUGGAUAGAGAAAAUCCGUUUAAUGUAAUGAAUAUUGGGCACGAAGUAGAGUUUCAGCCUCAGUGUGAAAGGGCCGGUAUUAAAGUAUGGAAUAGUAUCUACGAUGAUGACAAACAUCUUUAUGCUGGAUAACAAUUGCUUUGAGGUCGCUUUAAAUUUCAUAGGUAAUUUUAAUAAAUUUGAAAGG